GCGCCCGGCCCCAAGAUGGCGGUGCGGGCGGAAGUGGCUGUUCCCGGCGCUUCCAGUGCCCCUGCGCUGCCCCGGAAGCGGCGCCGCGGCGGCGCAGCGAUGGCGGCGGCGGGCCGGGCGCGGGCGGCGGCGGCGGCGGCGGCGCUGGACACGGCGGUGCCGCGGGACGUGGUGCUCUUCCGCCACGAGCGCGACCGCUUCUUCCGGCUCGUGGGGCUCUUCUGCGCCGGGCAGGGGCUCUUCUGGGGCUACCUGGCGCACUUCGCCUUCACGGCGCUGCGCCCCGCGCCCGCCCCCGCCGCCGCCGCCGGCGACGACCCGCUGCGGCCCCGCGACAACAAGUGGCGCCUCGGCUUCACCGCCUCCUGCCUCACGCUCGGGUCGCUGAUCGUGGCGGCGGGCUGCCUGUUCCCCCGGCGCGCGGUGCGGCAGGUGACGCUGCUGCGGGGCGGCCGCCACGUGUCCAUCGGCACCCACGCGCCGCUGGGGCUGGGCCGCGGCGGCAGCUUCACGGUGCCACUGCAGCACGUGUCCUGCGGCGCCCACCGGGCCGAGGUGCGGGCCGCGCUGCCGCUCAAGGUGAAGGGGCGCCCCUUCUACUUCCUGCUGGACAAGCAGGGCCACGUCUGCCAUCCCCGGCUCUUCGACCUCACCGUCGGCGCCUACCGCAAGCUCUAGGCCGCCGGGAGCCGCAGGAACAGACAUGGGGGAACCGGGGCGGCCUCACAGAGGGGAACUGCGGGAACGGACACGAGGGAACUGCGGGAACUGAUGCGGGGGAACUGGGGCGGCUUCGCAGGGAGAGCCAAGUCGCACCCGUGCAGCCUCGCAGGGGCGAUCGGGUCGCAUUUGCUGUUCACGUGGUUUCGCAGGGGAAAUCGCGUCGCGGUCGCCGUCCCCGGUGGGAACCGGGUGGCGUUUGCCGUCCGUGCGGCCUCGCGGGGGGGUCGGGUCAAGGCCGCGCGGUCUCCUGGUGGGCAUCAGGCCGCAGUCGCCAUCCCUGCGGCCUCGCAGCGGGAAUCGGGUCGCGUUCGAUGUCCGCGUGGGCUGAAAUAAACCCUUGAACCUC